UAUGGUCAAGUUGUCAAAAUUAAAUUACAACAAAUUUGUAAACAUUGUGAAAGUCCUGGCCAGAUUUUCUAGUUGGUACAAAAUUAUGUCGGAAGCUCUUAUAAUUGAUGGUAGUUACUUGGAAGGUGGUGGGCAGAUUCUACGGAAUGCACUUAGUUUGAGCUGCAUUCUUCAACGGCCUAUCAAAGUUACGAACAUACGUGCCAAUCGUCCUAAACCCGGACUUUCCAAUCAGCAUUUGUUUGGCUUGAAUCUUUUGCAAAGCAUAACAGGUGCACGUGUUAAGGGCAAUCAUAUUAAUUCCACUGAGGUGGAGUUUUAUCCAGGUGACAUUAAGUCUGGGCGAUAUACUGUGGACACGCGCACAGCUGCGAGCGUUGCACUGGUGCUGCAAGCGGCAUUACCUGUGCUGAUAUUUGGGAGCAGUAACUCAGAAUUGGAUCUAAUAGGUGGCACAAAUGUGGGUAUGGCACCACAAGUGGACAGUAUGACGGAAGUUUUACGUCCAAAUCUGGAAUUGUUUGGUAUUUCAUUUGAUUUCGAUUUAUUCAAGCGUGGUUAUUAUCCUCGUGGAGGAGGGCAUUGUAAGGUGAUGGUGCCACCUGUACACAGUAUAAAAGCAGUGAAUUUAGUUCGUUUCGGUAUUGUAAGCGAAGUGUGUGGUUGGUGUUUUGUGGCAGGCCGACUACCGUUGCGUGUUGCACAGGAUAUGAAACAGGCUGCAGAACGAGAGUUGCAACAUGUUUGUCGAUCUCAACCACAGUUGGAGGCAUACAAAGAAAGUCCGGAAGUUGCCCGUGACAAUGGUUCAGGCAUGAUAUUAAAAGCCAUUACGACAGAAGGAUGUACCAUCGGCUCGUCAGCGUUGGGUGAACGACAAGUGGAUGGUCAUGCUUUGGGAAAAACUGCAGCUGAUGAAUUAGCGAAUUACUUGAAAAGUGAAAUUUGUGUAGACAGUCAUGUGCAGGAUCAAAUAAUAAUAUUUAUGGCACUGGCUCAUGGGAUAUCAAGAAUACUUACAACACCUCUUACUCAACACACGCGCACCGCCAUGCAUGUUGCAACUCUGAUGACUGGUGCUAAGUUUGAGGUUGAGGAAAUCAAUAACAGUGUUAUAUUAUCGUGCCAUGGCAUUGGCAAUGAAAACAAACAAAUGUAAAUUUAAUUUAAUUAUUUAUUGUGUUAAAAUAUUAAACCGAUACUUUACUUAAA